GGUGUUUUUGUACUUGAGCCAACCAAAAAUUCUAUGUCACUGACUCGGCUCCUCCGUUCCGUUGAAACACCUUUAGCAAUUUGCUUUUUUAAUUUACAUGUGGUGGGAUAAUAUCCGCUCAAAACGUGGUUUUACAGUGAAACCACGUGUUUGGCUUAUAUACCGCGAGUUGAGAGAUUGAUAAUAAUUCCGUAUAUGUGUACGUUAAGUGUAAAUUUAAGCGAAGGAAAUUGAUAUAAGUGGCAGUUGUAGUAAAAACACAGUGUAAAUCGAUAAUAUAAAAAAUUAUUGUGUCGCAUCCUAUACUAUUUCCGUAAUAUGAGCAAGAACUUUGCACAAAAAUGAAGUGCGGCAAAUUAUCAAUCAGCUUGAACUCUCUCUGAUAAUGUUAACGACGUUGAAUUGAAUGGAAUUGAUAUUAUCACGAGCGUCUAGGAACCGUGUUAACAAUCAAAGGACAUCAAAAAACAGCCGGGGAGACGCGGGCCAAUUAAUCUGAUCAGUUCUGGACCAAUGUAGUGAGCAUCUCAACUCAACGUUUCAAGAUGAAAAAACCAGGAGACUUUCAAGAAAUCGCGUCUGCGGAGGAAAAAAUAAAACUCAACGGUCACGCAGAGUUCGCCAUUGCAUACAAGAAAAAUGCAAUGGAAACAGACAAAUUCUACUUGGCUCAUAUAGUUUUUCUAGUUUUUGGAAUCAUGCAUUUAUUACCUGUGUCCUUUUUUGUAACGGCAAAUGAUUACUGGAUGUACAAAUUUCGGAACACGACGUCAGACAACACGGAUCCAAAUUACAGGUCUAUCCUUCAAUCCAACUUUGCAUCAGGAACGAAUGUAGCGCAAUCAGUUCCGACUGUGAUAUGUAUGGUCUUAGCCGUGGUGUUCGCUUACAAAAUCAAGGUGAAGAUCAGGAUUCUCACUUCUCUCUACGUCUUGGCUACCUGUUUUGUGGUAUCCACUGUUUUCAUUAAAUCGGACACGGAUGGAUGGCAAACAGGAUUUUUUGCACUAACCAUGGCGAUUUUAGCAGUUAUGAACGGUAUCCUCGCUUUGUUUCAAGUCAGUUCGUUAGCACUACUGGCGAAAUUUCCUCCAAUCUACAUGAAAACUUUCCUCACCGGCCAAGGCAUCGGAGGAAUAUUUUGUUCAGCUCUUCAAGUUCUCGCAUUAGUAAUAGGUACAUCAUCAGAAGCAGCAGCCCUCAUCUACUUUCUAUGUGGAACAAUCCUCACGACAGCGACAUUGAUGCUUUACCAUUUCAUUCAACAACAAGGAUUCUAUAGAUCAGUAACAGGGACUUCCAUAGAAGAUACCAAAAAAGAUUUGAUCACGUUAAGUGAGGUGAAGGAGAUCUCUAGCAAAAUUUGGACCAGUUUGGUUAUAGUCACUGCAGGCGCCUUGGCUUAUGUUCCUACACACCCUUCCGUCGCAGCCUUGGUGGUGUCUGAAUACAAGACCGACUUCACCAAAAAAUAUUUUGCUGCCGUAGUUACCUUUUUGUUUAGUGAUAUAUGUUGCCUGAUUGGAAGAGGACUUGCUACUGCCACAAACAAGAGACCUCGUCCCUCUGUUUUAGCUCUUCUCUCUGUAGUCAGGAUGGUGAUUUUUGUUCCUUUAUUUAUAUUUUGCAACGCACUUCCUAGGAAACAUUUGCACGUGCUCUUCCCUCAUGACUGGCAGUACGUGUUAAUAUUGGGUAGUUUUAUGAUAUCCAGUGGAUACUUUUUUAAUGUAGCGUUUUUAAACGUAAUCAAAUUGGCCCCGGAGGAAGAAGAAAACGCAUAUUUGAUUAUGCAAACAGUCAUUGGUAUAACUGGAGCAGUAUUUUCACCGUUAGGAGUAUUGUGUGUUAAUUUAUUAUAGGCAAUUUUUAUAAAUUGAUUGGUAUUUAUAUUUAGGUUAGAAACGUUUGUACAUUUUGGAAUAGUUUUUUUAAUAAAACAUACGAAGAA